UGGACCCGCCAGUCGCCCUGAGACCGUGUGACGCUACGUACGAGGCGGUGUGUGUUGGAAUCGCUGCUCGGAACCACACGCCUUUUAGUAGUUUUCAAUGAACGGGCUGGUCGCUACUGAUUUUUUUAAUCUCGCCCAGCUGGUGCCAUCUGUCAUCCUUAACUCGGAGUCAUCAGCAAUUCAGCGGUAUUUCCGGUUGCUCAUUUAUGGAGUUUCUGAAGGGCAGCAGUGACUAUUGCCAAGCACAGCACGGCCUCCUUGCAGACAAGUGAACUUGGUCUCUGCUUUCAACUACUCCAUUGGGAAACUACCUUAAACGGAAAAGUGGCCUCAACAAACUGGGAUUCCUCUGGAUACUGGAUUUAAAAUUGGAUAAUUUGUGAGAAGCAGAGAACGGUUGUUCUUUCAGUGACCUUGUCUGGAUGGGGUAAAUCUACUUGUGUUUUGUGCACUUGGAUGCUUUGAGAAGCACCAUUGCACGGAGACACCAACUUAAAAAGUGCCAGGUUAAACUGGACUUGACAUCCUAUGUGCUAAAUCCAGCUGUGAGUGGAGGUUUAAAAGCACAAGCACCAACAGUGAAAACAAACUCGGUUCUGAGUAGUCGCUCCCAUUUUUAAAAAAAAAUUUAAAAUUGAAAUUAAAGUAUUGCAGCCACAAUGAACCGCCCAGCCCCAGUAGAAAUAUGUUCCGAGACCAUGAGAUUUCUCAUCACACACAAUCCAACUGAUGCUACCCUCAACAAGUUCACAGAGGAGCUCAAAAAGUACGGUGUUACCACACUGGUCCGAGUUUGUGAGGCCACAUAUGACAAAGCACCUGUUGAAAAAGAAGGUAUCCGGGUUUUGGAUUGGCCAUUUGAUGAUGGAGCUCCACCUCCGACCCAAAUUGUGGACGAUUGGUUGAAUCUGUUGAGAGAAAAAUUUCUUAAUGAGCCUGGAUGUUGCAUAGCUGUGCACUGUGUGGCAGGACUGGGACGAGCUCCAGUUCUUGUUGCACUAGCAUUGAUUGAAUCAGGAAUGAAGUAUGAAGAUGCUGUUCAAUUUAUACGGCAGAAAAGGCGUGGAGCUUUUAAUUCAAAGCAACUACUUUACCUCGAGAAAUAUCGGUCAAAAUUGCGUUUGCGCUUCCGAUCCACUAAUAGUACCAGCUGCUGCAUCCAGUAGCACUCUCAGACCGGACUAGACAUCCUGGUGACACGAACACACAACCGAGACGUAUCCACACUGUGGUGAAUUCAAGACCGUCGAUCUUGGAGUGAAUUUUACAAAAAGAAAUCUGUCAUUGUGGUGAAGGAAUUGUGUAUGUUUCAUAUUAUAAUUGAUCUUAUCAGGGAGGUUCAAACAGUCUGUAAAGAAAGGAAUUCACUGCCUCUGUGUGCAGGAGGUUGAGAUUAUGUCUGUGCAAAGCCCCGGCACUCUGUCACCUCACCUUGUAAACCUCACUUGUAUUGCACAAAACUUGCUGAGGAUAUGGUUUGAUGCAAUAGUUUCUCCUUCUGGUUGCAACAGGUAGGCAAAAUAAAAGGUGGAAUCUGGCACUGUAA